AUUGGAAAAGGAACUGGUGAAUUUAUUAAGGCACUCAUGAAGGAGAUUCCAGUGUUACUUCAGAUUCCGGUGCUGAUAAUUAUGGCCUUGGCUGUCCUGAGCUUCUGCUAUGGUGCUGGAAAAUCAGUUAGUGUGCUGAGACAUGUAGGUGGUCCUGAGAGAGAACCUCCCCAGGCACUUCAGCUGGGCGAUAGAAGACAGCAGGAGAUUGAUUAUAGACUCCAUGGUGGAGCAGGUGAUGCAGAUUUCUAUUAUAGGGGCAACGUUGGCUCCAUUGAGCAAGUCCCUUCUGACAGAACAUAUGAGUAUAGAAGAGAUGUUUUGAGAGAGAGAGAUGUUGGCUUGAGAUUUCAGACUGGCAACAAGAGCCCUGAAGUGCUCCAGGCAUAUGAUUUACCAAACACAGAGGCACAAGAGCAUCCUGAGGUGGUACCCAGCCAUAAAUCAUCUAUUUUGGAUACAAAGCCCAAAGAGACUGGAGGAAUCCCAGGAGAAAGUACCCUGACAGAAUGCAGCAAGUCCAUUAAGCCUGCCCCUGACCAGGAGGCAUCAGGGACUGCAGAAGACUCGCCUGCAGUGAAAAAGGCCCAGCUGAAGACUGAGGUGGAGGGCAGCCCUCAGAGCCCAGACCCCGCAAGAACUGCACCCACAGCAUGUGGAAAGGAUCCCAUUGGCAGCCUGUGUGGCUAGAGGAGCACAGACGCAGGCCCCAGCUCUGAAGUCAUCCGUCUUUAGUUUUGUAAAGUAUACCUUAACAACUCUAUCCAUUCUUCCUACAAAUACGGUAUUUACUCCAAAGGUGUAAAUUUAAUCAAUAAUUUUGCUUACACACAUGUAUGCAUGUAAAAGCUCCCGUUUAAUUUCAUUUUCUUCUCUUUGAUGUUAAGAUACAUCCCAUAAUGUUUUAAAGUGUUAAUUUUGACACGGGACUCAGAAUUUACAUUUAAAAAUGAAUGUUAUGGCAAAUACACAUUCUAGAUAAUUAUGGCGAGUGAAUUAGAAAUUAACUGUUUAUAGGCAUUUAUAGGAACCAACUAACUGAAGUGUGUGUUGCCUCGUGGAAGCCCUGUCACAUCUUUAGUUAACAGAAUAAUUUAUCUUGCAUUAGAUUUGAAGUGUUUCCAGUGUAAUAGAUACUUAUGAACUGUUUUUAAAGAAAGAUCACUUAAGGUCACCCCCUUUGUGGAUGCUGGCAUCUUAAUGCAGCUGCAGAGUUUAUGAGCAUCAGUCCAGCUGACACCCAGUUUGUCUCUAGGUGGACCAGUCACAGAUUAGUGUGACUGUUUGGUUUCAUCCCUCCUGCAGCUCUUACUGGGCCUGCUUCCUUAUCAUACCUUUGACUGUGUGCCUCAACAGAGCUGAGGAUUGCCAGUGGGGUUUAUGUGACAUAGCAGUAAUCCUAGUUUUAUGGCAUCAGUUGACUUUGAGAAUGACUUUAUGAUGCUUUUCCCACCAGAUGAAGUGCACAGGCAUUGUUGAAGAUCUCCUUCCCAUAUUGCUUACAAUCCUAGCAGUGGAUACUACUGGAUAUUACCAAGCUUAUUUAGAUUAUAGCAAACUUGUCUUGGCUACAUAAGGUUCUAUAUAUGAAGAAUACUAUGAUAAGGAAAACAGGUGUUUUUCUUAACUACAGAUGGGUUGUCAGUUAAUGUUUUAGUCUUCUAAAUUUUAAAAAUCAUUCUUAAUUGAAGCAAUUUGUGUAUUUUGCAUAUGUCCCUAGCUGUCAGGCAUCACAUGCACUCAGGUGGCUUUUGUUUUAACCAUAUUUACACUAGAAGUUAUAUGCAGCUGCUUUCUAAAAAUGGUACCAGUCAGGAAUGAAAUCAUAAAAUUUCCAUGUAAGCAUUUGUUUCAGGAAAAAAGACAAGGAUGUUUUUUGAUAAUUUUUACACAAAAUGCAGAACACCCUUUUUUGGCUCCCAGAAGUGUUACUUGGAUACCUGAAAAAAAAAUUAAUUUUACAUGUCAGUAUUAUUUUCUUUGUAUUUCAAAAUGAUAAUCAUUUUUUCCAAGAAAGAUAACAUUUUUGGAUUUUCUAUUAAGAUUUGUAACAUAUAGCAGGCAUGUAACAACUGACUGAACGAACACUGUGUAUGUAAAACAGUUCUCUCUGGGGACUGGACCCACUCCCACUGAUUGGUGAGUGAGCUCCAAGCCGCAGGACUUGUCCUCUGAGCUGUGAUCUGAUUCUGAAGAGAAAUGAAUGCCCCAGGCGAUAGACUGUGACUGAGAGCAGAGGUAAUGCUGCUUGUACUCCACGUUGCUUUUAAUCAGUCCCAAAAUGAGUCCUUUUAAAAACCAUUUGGAAUCUCAUCUUUGUAUUCUUUCAUUACAGAUGUUCAUUUGAGGAUGAAAUCUGCUUUGACAGCUAACAAGGCAACAUGUUACUGCUAUUGAAUGAUUGCAACAAUUCAGGGAAGACUGUAUUAAAGUUUAUUGAACCUACCAAGCCCAGUUUGUUACCAGGAAAGAGAACAGGCUUGUUUAUUGACUAGCCAAUAUUUGUUACUGGAAUUAAGGUUUGUAGUAGUUAGCUUUUAAGAAAAUCAGAAUGGGGUACACAGCUGUUAAAAGCAGGUUUUUUAUUCUUGGUUUUUUUUUUUUACUGGGAUUUGAAUUCUGGGCUUAUACUUUGAGCCACUCUAUCAGCCCUUUUUUGUGAUG